GUGACUGGUGACUUGAUUCCGAGUCCAAGUAGUCGAGAGUAGCCAGUGUCCGCACGUACUCCCCAGGAUCCGGAAAAACCUUGUCCAGUAGUCGCUUUCCUCUAAUCGACUCUCUCUCAGUGCAGUGAUUUUUUCCCAGCUAGUUAACACAAAACAAUUUGUAAUCUAAUUAUAAAUUAUAAUCAUAAUUAUUAUUGUAAUUAACAAAUAAUAAUUAACAAUAACUUUAUCCAUAACAAAAUUAUAAAUUUUAAAUUCUAACUCACUAUUUUACAAGACUAAUAAAAUAAUAAAUAAACUUACCAUGGAUUUGCCGACAGCCGACGCAUCUCAACCGACGGCUGUAAGAAUGUCGAGCACCCCAGUCUACGAAGGUGAAGCCAGCACCGAAGUAUCAUCAUCAUACUUCAGUACUUUAGAUCUAGGACUACUUGGUGUGUUGCUUCUAGUAGCUGGCUGGUAUAUCUUCAGAAAAAGCAAGGAAGAUGACUUGCCACCUGCCAGCAAAUCUUACUCAAUCCAACCGACGAGUUUUACAGCGACAGCUCCUACGGAAAACUCAUUCAUUAAAAAACUCCGGACAUCCGGACGUAGUCUGGUAGUUUUCUACGGCAGUCAAACGGGAACUGGUGAAGAAUUCGCCGGUAGACUCGCCAAAGAAGGUGUCCGGUACAAGAUGAAGGGAAUGGUAGCUGACCCUGAGGAAUGCGACAUGGAAGAGCUGGUGAACCUGAAACAAAUCCCCAACAGCUUAGCUGUUUUCUGUCUGGCUACUUAUGGCGAGGGUGAUCCUACCGACAAUGCCAUGGAGUUUGUAGACUGGCUGAAAAAUGGCGAGGCUGAUCUCACUGGACUUAAUUAUGCCGUAUUUGGAUUGGGUAACAAAACUUAUGAGCACUACAAUGAAGUGGCUACUUACGUUGACUUUAGACUCGAACAGCUUGGAGCGACCAGAGUUUUUGAAUGCGGACUUGGGGAUGAUGAUGCCAACAUCGAAGACGACUUUAUAACAUGGAAAGACAAAUUCUGGCCAGCAGUAUGCGACUUUUUCGGAAUCGAAGGCGCAGGAGAAGACGUCAGCAUCCGUCAGUACAAAUUAACAGAACAUGUUGAAGUUCCUGCUGACCGUAUUUACACUGGAGAAAUAGCACGUCUUCACUCAUUAGUUAACCAACGACCACCAUUCGAUGCAAAGAAUCCGUACCUGGCAGCAGUAAAAGUGAAUCAUGAAUUGCACGGCCCAACAUCAGAGCGUUCGUGCAUGCACAUCGAGUUCGACAUCGAGGGUUCCAAGAUGCGUUACGACGCGGGUGACCACGUUGCGGUCUACCCGGUGAAUGACAACGAGUUGGUGGAGAAAAUAGGAAAAAUUUGCGAGGUGGACCUGGACACUGUGAUAAUUCUGACGAACACCGACGAGGAAUCGACCAAGAAGCACCCGUUCCCUUGCCCCUGCUCUUACAGAACAGCGUUGACCCACUACAUAGACAUCACGAGCAACCCGAGGACCCACGUGCUCAAGGAACUCGCGGAGUACUGCAGCGACCCGAAGGACAAGGAGAGAUUGAAGCUGAUGGCCUCAACCACCGCCGAAGGAAAAGCCCUCUUCCAUCAGUGGGUGACCAACGAGAACCGCAACAUCGUCCAUAUUCUCGAGGACAUUCCCAGCUUGAAGCCAGCACUGGACCAUCUUUGCGAACUGCUGCCGCGUCUCCAGUGUCGUUACUACUCGAUUUCUUCUUCGCCGAAGCUUCAUCCGACUUCUAUUCAUAUAACUGCAGUGGUUGUGGAAUACAAGACCCCUACUGGACGGAUUAAUAGAGGAGUCACUACUACUUGGUUGAAGAACAAGCACCCCACUGACCCUCCGAGCUACGUUCCAAUUUUCGUUAGAAAGUCCCAGUUCAGACUUCCACCCAAAGCUAUCACUCCCAUCAUCAUGGUGGGACCUGGAACUGGUCUCGCUCCCUUCCGUGGGUUCAUUCAGGAACGCGACUUGCUGAGAAAGGGCGGAGAAGAAGUUGGAGAUACUAUUUUGUACUUCGGGUGUCGCAAGAGCAAAGAAGAUUUUCUGUAUCAAAAUGAAUUGGAAGGGUAUGUCAAGAGCGGGACCUUGACUCUUCACACGGCUUUUAGUAGAGAGCAGGAGAAGAAGGUCUAUGUUACUCAUCUUCUUGAGAAGAACAAGGAUGAGAUUUGGGAUGUCAUUGGAGCUAAACAUGGACAUGUUUACAUUUGCGGUGACGCACGUAACAUGGCCCGAGAUGUCCACAAUAUUUUGCUAAAAGUAGUCCAAGAAAAAGGAAAAAUGACUGAACUUCAAGCUGCUGACUACAUAAAGAAAAUGGAAACCCAGAAGCGCUACUCGACCGACGUCUGGAGUUGAUCACACCACUGCUUCUAAUUAAUGUUUAAUUGUUAUUGAUUAACGAUUACGUACGUGAUGGUGAUUUUAUCAAUAUUUGAUUGUCAGUACGGUAUACAUAAUUUCAUCAGAGACUCCCGUGAGAAAGCUCACGCUUAUAGAAAAAUAAAAGAUUGUUCAUGUAAAUAAUAA